GACUGAUUAUACUGCCGGAGCAAGGAUUUUGACUCCCUUUCACCAGCAACAAAGCAGCACUAGAAGCGGCAGGGACAUAGUGACGUAAACCUCACAACACAGCACAAGCAUAAUGCAUCGGAAUAAAGCAGCAUGAGAUCUUAAUAAAUAAAAAAAUAAUACAGGGAUGAGAAAUGACUGCUUCGAAAGAGUGAGGAUAUCGGCAAGCUACAUCCCUCUGGUUCAACUGAGGCAAUCGAGAACAGUUACGCUUUGAAAUGCAAUACAUUCUGAAAUAAUUGUUAUGACAAGACUGAAGAGUUACUGCAGGGCGCCGCAUUGCUUGGCCGCUUGAUGGUUCGCUGUGAGCGUGUAAAAAAUAAUAUUUAAAAAAAAAAUGACUCAUUUACAAGCGGGCUUGUCCCCCGAAACCCUGGAGAAAUCUAAGGUGGAGCUGAAAGAGAACCCAGACACUUUGCACCAGGAUAUUCAGGAAGUGAGGGACAUGAUCAUCACCCGUCCAGACAUUGGCUUUCUCAGGACAGACGAUGCCUUCAUCCUGCGAUUCCUCAGAGCGAGGAAAUUUAACCAUUUCGAGGCGUUCAGGUUACUCGCUCAGUAUUUCGAAUACCGCCAGCAGAAUCUGGAUAUGUUCAAAAACUUCAAAGCAACAGACCCGGGCAUUAAACAGGCUCUGAAAGAUGGCUUUCCAGGAGUGCUAUCCAAUCUGGACCACUAUGGCAGGAAAAUCUUGGUUCUCUUUGCUGCAAACUGGGACCAGAGCAGGUAUACAUUUGUAGAUAUUUUGCGGGCAAUCCUUUUAUCCCUGGAAGCCAUGAUUGAAGAUCCAGAGCUGCAGGUGAACGGAUUUGUUUUGAUCAUAGACUGGAGCAACUUCACCUUCAAGCAAGCCUCAAAACUAACGCCAAGCAUGCUGCGCCUAGCCAUAGAAGGCCUUCAGGAUAGCUUUCCUGCUCGAUUCGGGGGAAUUCAUUUUGUUAAUCAGCCAUGGUACAUCCACGCUCUCUACACAGUCAUACGGCCUUUUCUAAAGGAAAAGACAAGGAAAAGGAUAUUUAUGCAUGGCAACAAUCUGAACAGCUUGCAUCAGCUUAUUCACCCUGAGAUCCUGCCUUCUGAAUUUGGAGGGAUGCUGCCACCAUAUGACAUGGGCACCUGGGCGCGAACACUUCUAGACCACGAGUAUGACGACGAUAGUGAAUACAACCCAGAAUCGUACAGUCUGGCAGUGGAAGAGCUGGAGAAAGAUUUAUCUCCAAAAACCAUGAAGAGAUCGCAGUCAGUGGUGGAACCUGGAGUCUUAAAGCGUCCGGAUAAGGAAAAACGUGAAGAGGAGAACAUGCAGCCCUUACUUUCACUUGACUAAUCACGUGCAUAUUGAACAGUCCAGCAACGAUUGUCCCACAAAUGGGUGAUAACAUGGAAGUUAAGGAGGAAAGAUAAGGAACAAACUGACAGCAGUUUUUGGUACAAAUGCUGCAAAAAUAAAAUUAGACAGCGAUUAUUCUAAACAUCUAGGUGGUGCAAAUGAACAAAGGAAUCAACAUUUUAUUGUUAAGUGCCAAUAUAAAAUUGUAAAUACACUUGAGUUUGACACUUUGGAUUUCUGAAUUGUUGUAACACUGUCCAGACUGAAUUUGGAAAUGUGUACUUGUUGUGAAAUUUUGUGACAAACUGUCAUUGUGCGGUUUCCAGCUCUUUAAUGACAGGUGCAACUCAGGAUUUAAAUCAUCAGAAAGCUUGUACAAGUUUCAAGUUGCACUUGCAGUGGUGGCAUUGUCAAAACCAUGUGUAUUGUUUACCAUUAUCACAUUUAGGGCUUCAGUGAAAUAUCUGCUGGUAGAAUAUUGCAAAACGUGAUAUUGAUGUUUUGCAUUAGAAUUCUAGGAUAGAGACAAUUUAAAACAAAAAAAAACAAAAAAACAUUUGAAUAUAAUUUAGAUAUUUUAUUCAUCAAGA